AGACUAGAUGGCUCACUCUGAUAGCAGGGUACUAGGGACUUUGGUAGGACUGUCUCAUCGCAGAAGGGAAGAGAAUUCUUUGGGACAGGGAGAGUGAGAUGGGGAGCUUCUUCACUCCCAGUAGAAUAGUGAGCAACUGAACUGAGAUGGAUGGAGCUUACAUGCGAUAAGUCAUGUGUAGGGACAAACAAAGAUGUUUGUUUUGAUCCGAAUUAAAUGCUUGUCCUAUUCUGCUUUGAGAGGAAUGUGAAUGUUUUUAAAGCCAAGUUUCUGUGGUUGUGGAUGUAAUGUGUUUUACAGCAGGGACCAUGGUUAUGAUGAAGCUCUCUGCCCUCCUCAUUGCCUGUUUCCUGGUCAUUUGUCAGAUGUACAGCUCACAUGCAGCUCCAGCCAGAACUGGUUUAGAGUCUAUAACAGACCAAGUCACGCUAACUGACUAUGAAGCCCGAAGGCUACUCAACGCCAUCGUCAAGGAGUUUGUUAAAAUGACAUCAGAGGAACUGGAGCAACAAGCCAAUGAAGGAAAUAGCCUGGAUAGACCCAUGUCCAAGCGUUGCUCCAACCUCAGCACCUGUGUGCUGGGCAAACUGUCCCAAGAGCUGCAUAAAUUGCAGACGUACCCCCGCACCAACACGGGAAGUGGCACGCCUGGCAAGAAACGCAGCUUGCCUGAGAGCAACCGCUAUGCAAGCUAUGGAGACUCAUAUGAUGGAAUCUGAGCGGUCCUCCCCUCCAUCAGCCCUAGCUAACCUGACCCCUCUGUUCCAGCCUAGCCUGAUGAUUGCUGAUGCAUGUGAAUCUUGCUUGACCGACUGCAGAGAAACCUUGAUGUCCCGCAAUGUCCCUGCUCUCUUUUUCUUUAGUUAAAAUCCCCCUUUUUGACAGAGAAUAAAAUAUAUAAGUACAAAGCAGAGUCCAAUCCUUUAGAUUUAGAAAGUGAAUAAGGAUUUAGUAGCACUUCCCUAUCUUAAGGUGUAUGAUAUCCCUUUACUAUACAGAUAAUUUACAAUAUAUACAAAGUCUUAAUCAAAACCAAAAUUCUUAAUCAAUGCUUCUUUCAACUGUGACUAGGGUUCUUGUUUAAUAAACUUUUUUUUUAUACCAGAA